GGUUAAUGUUGGUGUUUUCUUUUUAUGUUUACAUCUCUUUCGUUCUGCAAUUUCCCGAGGAGGCAGCGCAUCAUCAAAACUCAGCUCAUUCAUCUAUUUUUUCUCGUUUUAUUGGACGAUCGAUUUGUCUGAUAUUUUAUCACUUUCCCAUGGGAGUUCAACAGCAUAUGAAUCAUUCCGAAGACACUGAGUCUACUAUGAAUGAUCACCAUGGUAGUUUUUCAAGCCAAGGCAAUCUUGCUAGUGGGUUUCUUAGCCAACCAAGUGUAAAUACUGAAAGCAGUGAAGUUAACAAACCUGAUGACUGUUCAUGCCCGAAAAGUAAUACCUCUUAUAUCUAUAGGCAAGAUGUCGUGAAGAAUAAUUCCAACGGUAUGAUUGGGAUUGUGACAGAAGUUGCUGGUGAUUCAGAUUCAGAUAGCAGCAUUACUGAUGAUGAUGAGGACGAUGAGGAUGAUGAGGGUGAUGCUGACAAUGAGGAUAACAUUGAUGAAGGCAAUAGUGACACCAAUAAUAAUGCCAGUGGAGAUUUGGAUAGGACUGAGGGGAAUUCUAAGACUAUUCCACUUUUGGCUGACCAGUUACGGGUACUGUGGAUGGAUGAAUCUGAAUCCACCCAAAAUAUUAGUGACGUAAAAGUUGUUGAUCGAGGAUUUUUACAUGGGGAUUUUGUUGCCGCUGCUUCAGACCCUACUGGGCAAGUGGGUGUAGUCUUUGAUGUGAAUAUGUCUGUUGAUUUGCUGGCUCCUGAUGGAUCUACAAUAAAAGAUGUUUCAACGAAAGACUUGAAACGUAUUAGAGAUUUUACUGUUGGUGACCAUGUGGUGCUGGGGCCCUGGCUGGGAAGAAUUGAUGAUGUUUUAGAUAAUGUGACAGUCUUAUUUGAUGAUGGUUCUGUGUGUAAAGUCACCAAAGCAGAUCCAUUGCAACUUAAGCCAAUUUCUAAGAAUAUUCUUGAAGACGGACAUUUCCCUUAUUAUCCUGGGCAACGUGUAAGGGCUAGCUCUUCAUCAGUUUUCAAGAAUUCAAGAUGGUUAUCUGGCUUGUGGAAAGCUAAUAGGCUGGAAGGAACUGUCACCAAGGUUACAGUAGGAUCAGUGUUUGUUUAUUGGAUAGCAUCUGCAGGUUAUGGACCGGAUUCUUCAACUGCCCCAGCUGAAGAACAGAGUCCAAAAAACUUAAAAUUGUUGUCUUGUUUUGCUCAUGCGAAUUGGCAAUUGGGUGACUGGUGUCUCUUACCCUCAUCGGCACUGUCAUCCACAAUUUCUUCGGAGAAAGGCAUAUCCAAAUCAGAACCUCAUGAUUCGGUCAACAGUGAAAUAGAUUCUAACCAGACAGGAAGUGGAUGUGAUUCAGAAGAACCUGCAGUUGAGGAAUGUAGUGGAAGUAGGGAUGCCAUGGACAUUGAUCCAGUGAAUGCCUUGGAAGGGAAUGAAUUGAAUGAUGGAAAUGUCAGAAGUAAUUGUUCACGGGAUUCUAGCUCACAUUGCAGUUCUAUCUCAGUGCCAAAAGAUCAUGCUCAUGAAGCAUGGCCUUUGCACCGCAAGAAGAUAAGAAAAGUUGUGAUCAGGAAAGACAAAAGGGCCCGGAAGAAAGAAGAGAAUUUUGAAAAAGCUCUUUUGAUUGUUAACACAAGAACAACAGUGGAUGUUGCAUGGCAGGAUGGAACAAUACAGCAUGGGCUACAUUCAAUAAGUUUGAUUCCUAUAGAUAAUCCAGGUGACCAUGAAUUUGUUGCAGAACAAUAUGUGGUGGAGAAGAUCUCUGAUGGUGAUGGUGAAGGUAAUUGUCAAAUUAGGCGUGUUGGUGUUGUUAAAAGUGUUAACGCCAAAGAGCGGACAGCCUGUGUGAGGUGGUUAAAACCAGUUGUUAGAGCAGAAGACCCUAAAGAGUUUGAGAAGGAGGAAGUUGUCAGUGUAUAUGAGCUAGAGGGCCAUCCUGACUAUGAUUACUGCUAUGGGGAUGUGGUUGUUCGGCUGUUACCUGUGUCUAUCUCCUCUGAUACUGGUGCUGGAGAGGCUGCUGAGAUAUCAAAGCAUAAAAAUGAGGAAAAUGGAGCUAAAAGGGGAAUGAAAUACAGAAUAGAUGGCAAUAAAGUGGAAAAUGCCUCUGGUGGUGAGACUUAUGUGGAGUUUUCAGACCUCUCUUGGGUUGGAAAUAUUACUGGCCUAAAGAGUGGUGAUAUUGAAGUUACCUGGGCUGAUGGGAUGGUAUCAACGGUUGGACCCCAAGCAAUCUAUGUUGUUGGUCGAGAUGAUGAUGAUGAAUCAAUUGCUGCUGGGAGUGACUUAAGUGAUGCUGCAAGCUGGGAAACUGUCGAUGAUGAUGAUGAGAAGGAAGGCCCUCAGGAUUCCAAACAGGAUAUUGAGAGGGAAAAUUCAAGUAGUGAUGUAUCUGAGGAAGAAGAGAGUGGAGAGAAUGACUUUGGGGCUGCUGGAGCACUUUCUGUUCCCCUAGCUGCUUUCCGAUUUGUUACUAGACUUGCCACUGGAAUAUUCUCAAGGGGCCAAAGAAAUGGAGAAUCAGUUCACUUGCAAUCAAAACGAGAAAGUGAACUUCCUUCAGAGGAAAUUACAAAAGCUUCUGAGGCAAUAGAAGUUACUGAUGAAUCUAGUAGGCAGAAACCUAUGAUCACUGACAGUGAUGAUUCAGAAAAUAAAAAUGACAAAGGCGAGGAAAGUGUUUCUACAGAACGAUCUGAGGCUUUAUGUGGCUUGAGGACUGAAAAUUCUCCUGGAAGUUUUGACGAUGACUGCAUUUUCAAACGCUUUGAUAUAACUAGAGAUCCUGCAGACCACUAUUUUAUUGGUGCAAAUGGACAGGUUAAAAGUCGCAAAUGGUAUAAGAAAGUCCAGCAAGAUUGGAGCAUACUACAGAAUAACCUGCCAGAUGGAAUAUAUGUACGAGUUUAUGAAGAUCGAAUGGAUCUCUUACGAGCAGUUAUAGUGGGGGCAUUUGGGACCCCUUACCAAGAUGGUCUUUUUUUCUUUGAUUUUCACCUUCCAUCAGAGUAUCCUGAUGUUCCACCGUCAGCAUACUAUCAUUCUGGUGGUUUGCGAAUCAACCCUAAUUUAUAUGAGGAAGGGAAGGUGUGCUUAAGCCUUCUAAAUACAUGGACGGGCAAAGGAAAUGAGGUAUGGGAUCCAGAAUCCUCCAGCAUUCUUCAAGUGCUGGUUUCACUGCAAGGGCUUGUGCUCAACUCAAAGCCAUACUUCAAUGAGGCUGGAUAUGACAAGCAGAUUGGGACAGCUGAAGGAGAGAAAAAUUCGUUGUCAUACAAUGAACAUACGUUUUUAGAUAACUGCAGGACAAUUAUGUAUCUUAUGCGGAGACCCCCCAAGGACUUCGAAAUGCUCAUCAAGGAACAUUUCAGGAGGCGUGGUCACUAUAUCCUUAAGGCUUGUGAUGCAUACAUGAAAGGUUGCUUGAUUGGUUCUCUGACUAGAGAUGCGUCUGCCGGUGACAAGACUGAUCAGAAUUCAACUUCUCUUGGUUUCAAGCUGGGGUUAGCCAAGAUAAUGCCAAAGCUUUUCUUGGCACUAAAUGAGGUUGGAGCUGAUUGUGAGGAAUUUAAGCAUCUGAAAGAGUCAGCGUGAAUUUGAAUCAUAAAGAUAUAGUAUCUCUUUAAUUUCAACACGUCACCCAUAUUCAAAAUAUUGAAGAAGGUACUGAUAAAUGUGAAGGUUCUCUUGUUUCGUCUA